AAAUCUCGCACGCUGUGAAUUGCUUUCGUUUCCGGUGGGCUAUAAGAGUAUCAGACGGAUGAUGAAAACUUACACGAUAUUGCUUACUUGUGUAAGCAAACUUAAGCUGUGGUGGGAUGCCAAAACCAGGGGGUGAUAAGGGUUCCGAUUCCGUGAGGAGCUGGCAAGUAGCAUUAGGCAUCAAGCUAUAGCAGCAGCGACCCAAGUCAUCUCGGUUAAGGAAACGGAAGUAGUCAGCACUCAUCCCACAAAUUUAGCAUGCUUGCCACGACCACCGGGCUCGCAAGGACUGCUCCUCCGACCCCAGGACUUGCACCGUAGUGGAGCAUAAGGAGAACAGGCUUCUUUGCCGUGCGCACGUCGGUGAAGGAGCGAGAUACAUUCACUUCUCUGCCUCCCUGAAUCACAGCUCUCUCUUCAGUUCAGCUCUGUGAUCUGUCCUCGCCAUUCCACGACGAUCGUGUAGCUUUAUUUUGAUCUUAGAACUACGUGUCUGGUUCUGCUCCUUCGUCAAUCGGUUGCUAGUCACUGUCUCCAGGGACAAUCCAUUCUUGAGCCAUGGCAAGGAAGAAGAUCAGAGAGUAUAACUCAAAACGCAUCUUCAAGGAGCACUUGAAGAGGCUAGCAGGCAUUGAUGUUGAUAUCAAGGCUGCGCAGGUAACACAAUCAACAGAUUUCAACGAGUUGGCAAACAAGGAAGCAUGGCUUAACUCUACUCGCCUAGUUGUUAAACCUGAUAUGUUAUUUGGCAAGCGCGGUAAAAGUGGACUGGUAGCACUCAAUCUGGACUUGGCAGGUGUGGAGUCAUUCGUUAAGGACCGACUCGGCAAAGAGGUGGAGAUGAGCGGCACCAAGGGUCCUAUCACCACUUUCAUUGUUGAACCAUUUGUUCCUCACAGCGACGAAUUCUACCUAUCUAUUGUGUCAGAUCGGCUUGGAGCUAAUAUCAGCUUCUCCGAAUGUGGAGGUAUAGAAAUUGAAGAAAACUGGGAAAAAGUCAGGUCCGUCUUUAUACCUACUGAGAAGACUCUGACGUCCGAGCUAUGUGCUCCAUUGAUUGCCACACUUCCAUUGGAGGUUCGACCUAUUAUUGAAGCUUUUCUGAAGGGCUCAUUCGCUGUCUUUGAAGAUUUGGACUUCACUCUGCUGGAGAUGAACCCAUUUACACUCGUCAAUAACGUCCCUCUUCCAUUGGACAUGCGUGGCGAGCUGGAUGAUACUGCUCUUUUUAAGAACUUCCAGAAGUGGGGCAAUGUGGAGUUUCCAUUACCCUUUGGAAGAACCAUGACUCCAGCCGAGGAGAGUAUUCACAGGAUGGACGAGAAGACCGGUGCUUCUCUGAAAUUGACGAUACUGAAUCCGAAGGGCCGCAUUUGGACAAUGGUUGCUGGAGGUGGUGCCAGUGUCAUUUACGCUGAUACUGUCGGGGAUCUUGGUUAUGCACACGAGCUUGGCAAUUAUGCUGAGUACAGUGGAGCUCCAAAUGAAGAAGAGACUUUGCAGUAUGCCCGUGCUUUGAUUGACUGUUGUACAGCAAAUCCUGAUGGCCGCAAGAGAGCUUUGGUUGUCGGUGGAGGCAUUGCUAACUUCACUGAUGUUGCAGCAACUUUCAACGGCAUCAUUCGAGCCAUGCGUGAAAAGCAAUCUCAUUUAAAAGCAGCAAGGGUGAACAUUUUCGUGCGGAGAGGAGGCCCCAACUACUUGAAGGGUCUGGCAAACAUGCGGGCUCUAAGUGAAGAGACUGGAGUUCCUAUUGAGGUGUACGGACCGGAGGCAAGCAUGACCGGGAUCUGCAAGCAAGCGAUCGAUUAUAUUAGUGCAAGAGAUUGACAAUGUUUUGCGAAGGGAUUCGCUUUCUCCAAUUAUUGUGGUAGAUUUUCUGAUUUCCAAGUCGCAACGACCGUGUUUUAGUCAGUGAUCUUUCCGGAACUAAUUUCAAAUCUCUAUCAAUAUCUUUCUCAAGUUGAUCUAGUAGUACCAUUUCUAAUGUAAUAAGUCACUUAUAAGGCUGGAUAUUCACCAGAGAAAUAGCAUGAUCUUCCUUUCAGUCUCAUUGAGUAUUCAUGGACUGGAUUAUUGAUGAAGUACUGCUCCUGUUAAUUUCGGGGUAAA